UUAAAACCAGCAGGACUCGGGCUGCUUUGGUCAGAGAUGGCGUCCCUUCUGCAGCCGGAUAGAGUCGUCUAUCUGGUCCGUGGCGAGAAAAGGAUCAGAGCCCCUUUAUCUCAACUUUAUUUCUGCCGCUACUGUAGUGAGCUGCGGUCUCUGGAAUGUGUGUCUCACGAGGUGGACUCCCACUAUUGUCCAAGCUGUCUGGAGAACAUGCCAUCUGCAGAGGCUAAGCUCAAAAAGAACAGGUGUGCCAAUUGCUUCGACUGCCCAUGUUGCAUGCACACACUGUCUACUCGGGCCACCAACAUCCCAGCUCCUCUGCCCGAUGACCCCACCAAGACGGCCAUGAAGAAGGCCUACUACCUGGCCUGCGGCUUCUGUCGCUGGACCUCCAGGGAUGUGGGAAUGGCUGACAAAUCAGUCGCCAGUGGUGGUUGGCAAGAGCCGGAGAACACUCAUUCUCAGCGGAUCAACAAGCUGAUCGAGUAUUACCAGCAGCUGGCCCACAGAGAGAAGCAGGAGAGAGACAGGAAGAAGCUGGCCAGGAGACGGCAAUGCAUGCCUUUAGCUUUCUCGGAAAAAUAUGGCCUUGGAACCAGACUGCAGAGGCAGAGGUCUGGAGCUCCCAUAUCAAGCCUGGCUGGCCUUUCCCUUAAAGAGGGUGAGGACCAGAAGGAGAUCACCAUCGAGCCUGCCCAGGCCCUUGAUGAAGUGGAACCACUGCCUGAAGAUUGUUAUACCAGGCCCAUUAGCUUACCAGAGGUGACCACGCUGCGCCAGCGGCUUCUGCAGCCUGACUUCCAGCCUGCAGGGGCGUCUCAGCUCCACCCCAGACACAAACACCUCCUGAUGAAGCGCUCACUGCGCUGCAGGAAAUGUGAGCACAAUCUGAGUAAGCCAGAGUUUAAUCCCACUUCAAUCAAGUUUAAAAUACAGCUGGUGGCUGUGAGUUACAUCCCUGAAGUGAGAAUUAUGUCCAUUCCAAAUCUCCGGUACAUGAAGGAGAGUCAAGUGCUGCUGACCCUGACCAACCCAGUGGAGAACAUCACCCAUGUGACAUUGGCUGCUUGUGAGGACGAAGAUCCCGAUGACAUCAACAGCACUGCCAAGGUUAUAGUACCCACAAAGGAGCUGGUCUUGGCAGGAAAGGAUGCUGCUGCUGAGUAUGAUGAACUGGCUGAACCUCAGGACUUCCAGGAUGACCCAGAUGUUGUUGCCUUCAGGAAAUCCAACAAGAUUGGGUUCUUCAUCAAAGUGAUCCCUCAGAAAGAAGAGGAUGCGGAUGUCGCUGUUUCAUUUAAGAUCCGGCACGACUUCCGCAACCUCGCAGCUCCCGUCAGGCCGAGCGAGGAGGGAACCGAAACCACCACGGAGGCCAUUUGGCUCACACACCACGUAGAGCUGCGGCUCGGACCGCUCGCUCCCUGAACACGAAUGCUCCGUUUACCAUCAAAUAGUCCUAGUGUUGGAUUCUUUGAACUAAACUGUGGGAUUCAUUUAAUUUACAAAUGAUUUCUGAUUCUGCUUAUUGAUGUGUAAGAACAAUUUAAGAAUACAUAGCAUACAGUUGUUUCAGAGUUUUUUAUUAGCUUAAGUUGCAUCAUCAGAUACAUUGCAGAACAUACAGUGAUUACAUGAUAGCCCAGUUUAUUAAACUGUAUAAAACAUGGCUGACCGCAGACUAACUUAAGUGCAUCAAGUUUAACUUAAUGUUUUUCUUUUGUUUUAAUGUUGCUAAAAGCAGUACCAAAAACAUGACGUUAUAGUGUAUUUUACCAUCAUCACCAUCAUCCUCUUCGGCUUAAACACUAUAUAAUCUAUCAGUAGAAAGCACUAUUAGUGUGAGGUUACUUAUAGACAACAGAACAUUAUAUAUACACAUAUUACUUAUUAAAAACUGUUUUUUGUUUACAACUAUUUGCUGUUGCUGGAAUGUGACAGAAUUUAUCACAGUUGUACAUACAGUAUUUUCUUAAAUGCCAAUAACUAACCUGGCCUCUGUUUCUGCACUUACAGUAUGUUUUGUCUUAUUAAAUCUAUUAGCUGUGGAUUCUUUUGUAAAACGGUGGUAUUUAAUUUAUGUAGAAAAGUGCAGUUUUUUGUUCAGAGAUGACAGCGAGUGGUUACACAUGAAUAAAAACAGCAUCGAGGGUAUAAAAACAGUAGACGUUGAAUAACGUCGAUGAGCAGAAUCAGAAAUCAUAACUGAGAACAAUCUGAACGAUAACCAGUUGUGCAGCACACACCUCUGCGCUUUUAGCUUAUAUAUCCUUGUCAACACCCUUUUCUGCAGACAAUAGUAUUGUAUUAACUCGCAUGCUUCAACUAUGGUAAAUAUUGCACAUAUUAGACAAUGUCAUCACAAAUCCUGUACUGUUUUCUUACCAGAAAGGUUGUUUGUAGGUUGAAGGUGAUACCACCUGCCCGUGAUUUUACUAUGUCUACUAUUGUCUGAAGUCAAACCUUCAUUGGCACUAUGGAGAGGAUGUAUAAGAAGCUCUGUAAAUUACAGUGUUCAUCAUUUAAAUCUACUGAGACACUAUAAUUUUUUUUUUCUGAUUUAAAAAUGUAUUUUUGUUGGUAGAAUUCACUGACUUCUGUCAGUGUAUAUCGUAAGAUGCUGUCAUGUUUGGUCUCCAGUGUGUUAGUAAAACAGAGCCUUCCAACAAACACAGUUAAUCUCUGUAACAGUUAAUAAACUAAUGUGAUACUGUAA